CGUAUUAAAAAUGGAAGAUGAUGCUCCAAUGAAUCUCUGUAAUGAACAGUUCGAAGAAAUUGAAGAUAGUCCCAUUGAUGACAAUGAUAAUGAAUCAUUCUACAAUGCUGAUGGUGAUGUAGAACUCGAAGAAGAGGAAGUACACGAGACACCGAAAAACUUCAAAAAUGGUGGUCGCUUCAAAACAAACAUGACUAAUCCAAAGGUUAAUGACCUGACAACGAUUGAGGAGAAAAAUGAAGAUUUGCGAUCUGCCGCUAGCUCGCGCAGUGCGAGUCGUCCAGCCAGCGUGAUGAGCGAUAAGUCGUUUUCUAGUCAAUUUGAGUUUCAAAGUGGUGGAGAGAAUGCCAUUGAAGAAUACACUAAUCAGGUUUUUGCUGAUGAAAACAAAGCUGACCUGCUUUUUCCUGAAACUUCAAAAUUUAUGAACGGAGCAUCGCCGCCUAAAGACAAGCAUCACUCCUGGGAGCCGUCCAUACACCAUUAUGAUAAGCAACCACCUCCCGACAUUCAAACAAAUUCGCCCGUCUUCGGAAACUUGAAUCAUCGAAAAAAUAAAUUGAUUCCCCAAGCUAGAGCAAAGCCAGGAGCCAAUGACAACGAAAUCGUGGAGAGGGAUAAUGACGAAAAUGUGCCGACAACAUCUGAUAAAUCGGCAUUUAUCACAUCACCGAUGAAUUCCACAAAUCACGACGAGAAAACGAGCACUCCUAAAAGACCAACUAAUCGGAAAAUCGGUCAAUACCAAGGGCCUAAUUUCGAUUUAUCAAGCAUCUACGUUGGUAGUCCACAACACCAGAAUACAUCAAUCUCUACGGGACAACAGAUGCCGACUUCGUCUUAUUCGCAUGCACAUUCUGAAACAAUGAUGACAAAUCAAACUAUUAAUGAGUCAAUGGUUCGAAGAGUGCUCAAUGGAAACAAUAAGAAUCAAGAUCUGUUCGCAGCAUUAGAAGAAGCUCGUAAAAGAAGAGCUGCUCAACCGUCGAAGCCAGAUUUCAGAAUAAACACUACGCGAACUCGUGUUCCUAUAAAGCCAACAUCUGCACGACAUUCUGGAAAUGUCGUAUCCUCGACGUCCAACGACAACACAACUGCAGCAUCAUCCAAAGAUUUGACGACGAGCCGAAAAGCGAUGGAGACUUUUAGGCAGAAUGCAUCAAUGGCAGAUGCCACUAAUUCUAAUACAGCAAGCAUGACGAGUAUCUUGAGCACAAUCUCCACUGCAAGGACGGAUAUUAGUCGUUCAUCUCGUAAUCAUGGUGGUGGUUUUUCGAACACAUCCGUCUCUACCGUCAUUCCGGCCAAUAAUGGCAAUGUUUCACUGUCCCAUGGACGCGAUGGACGGGAUUCGGUCAGUUCGGUGCGCACAAUGUCCCGUGCUUCUUCGACCUCGACGGUAUAUGCAGGAUCCACAUUUUCUGGAGUAUCAAAGCCAUUGCGAAUUCAUGCUAAACGCGUGGCAUUCGGUUGUGUUGCAGUCGGCGAGACAUUGAGAGUUGAAGUCGAAGUGGAAAACAUUUCCGAUCGUCAGUGUCUUGUUCGAGCCAGUACGGAUAGUACCACACCAGUUUAUCAAAUCCUUGACAACAAGCUAACUAUGGUUGAUCCAAAAAAGAGUAUCAAGUUUCAAGUAUCCUUUUCUCCUAGUUCUGUCGGACGUUAUCAAGUUAUUAUGAGUAUCGAAGUACCGGCACAAAAUUUUAUACAUAAGAUUCCGAUGUGGGGUAAUGGUGGAAUUGCGAAGUUCGUGCCCACUUCGCCAGAUUUGCAACAAACUAUAAAUCAGUCAGAGUAUGCAAUGUGCACCUCAUGCGCAAAACGAAUCUCUUUUAAGAUCAGCAACUCUGCAGGAACAAGAGACGGCUUUGCGAUGAUUAAAGUGUUCGACUCAGCGAUGCGACAGCUUCCAGACGGAUGUGUAGCUUUCUUUCCUGCACCCGGUUUCAUUGUAAAGAAAAAAUCGGAUAAGCGUGUUGACAUUCGCAUCGACUCAUCUUAUAUUGAUCUUCACGAUGAAAACAAUUUUCGUACAUCGUCUUCGCUUUCGACAGCCUCAACAACAUCCUCAUUCCAGCGACGUAUUCUUCCUGGAGCCAAAUUCUUUGUGCAUGUCGUUUGGGGUGAAGAAACCAUGCGAACCAGACUUCGAUUGCUAGAAGUUCGCACAGGACAGCAUCAACUAAUCGAUGGUCAUGACUUCACAUCUUUCCAAUUUUCCGAUGAAGAAGUUCUUCGUGCUGUUCCAGUUGGAUUCCCCGCUAUCAAGCCCGAGGACCGUGAUCUGUUCGCUGCUUCUUAUCGUAGUUUCUUCAUCAAUUUUUUCACUUCUACAACUGAAUUCCGUGCUGCUACAAGCCGGAAGAAGAAAGAGAUAUGCAGCAACGACGACUCUACUCUACUCGAGACAACAGCUUUCCGUAAUCAGACAUUUGUCAACGACGUUACAAUUGUUCCCAAUACAAGAUUUUCGAAUAGAAAGUAAAAUCUUAACCUAACUUUCCAAAUAUUCUCUGAUUUCUGUCCAGGCUUCGAAAAAAUUCACGGUUCUGUAAAAUGUAGGUUUCAAUUUCAAUAAAGUGGUGAUGAAGUUUU